GUGUCUUAUCAAGCUGCAGGUUAGACCUCGCUCGCAUUAACCAUAAGCGCCACCUCCACAAAGAGUUUUGCUUUUGGUCCUCGACUCGCGCAAGCAUGUGCAGCAUCCGCGUGGCAGCAAAAACUCCAUUUUAUGGUUUUCCGCAACAGUCGUGCAUAAAAUCUUGGAGUAUGCUGUUCGCACUAGAAACAACACACCAAGACGGCGGAAUAUUUUUGAAGGUCUUCAUCUUUAUCUUUUCAUACAGAAGGAAAAAAGCAUGGAAUUCUAUGCAGUACAACGUCUUGCUGUGAUCCAUUGUGAAACCUGAUCCAAAUCCCCACUGAAAUCCGAAAUCUUCUGAUCCAGUUCCGCAGCGUCAGCGUCUUACUUAACUAACUACGUAAGUAAGCACAAGAAGGAAGAACGACCAAGACAGAACAAGAACAACACAACAAGCACGACCCAAGACGUAACAAGGACUGCAUGAUAUCCAUUCUCUUUCCUCAUGCAGGUUUGGUAUAUGUUACCUCGGUGACAUCACGUAAGACAUACUGAGAGGGUCUAAGAUAGACUCAAGCUUAGGCCGGCUUAGUAUGGUCUAUUACAUUCAUAUACCAACCAUUUUUGAACCAAGUAAAUAAUUUUUUUUUUCCGCUCAAGUUUACAAGUGUUGAACAAGAAAGUAACCAAAUAAAUAAGUAAGAAACAGCGACAGCAAUCGCAUAAAUUACCACUGAAAAAAGUCCAUUUUUUUAAAAGCAACAAAAGCAAGAAAAUGGCAAGCGAAGACCAACACGGUGGAGCGGGAAACCCUUCACACGAAGGGGGUGGCGUUUUCGGCGAAGGAGAACAUCCACACGGUGGAGGUGGAUACCACGAUGGCGAGCCGGGUGUUGUGCCGGGAGCAGGUGCAGGCGAUGGAACUGCAGAGGGAGGCCAAUAUCCGCCAGGGUUGGACCAGAUGGGAUCUGGAGCAGAGCACGGGCAGGCCGGGUUUCAGCAAAACUUUGGCUCUGUGGGCUCAGGCGGUUCAGUUCCCGGCCCGGGAUCCUGGGGCGGUGGUUUUCAACAACAGCCUCAACCUCAAAUGCAGCAGGUCGACCUUGGUACAGCACUACUGCAGUUGGCAAACAACACGGCACAGCAGCAAGCACAGCUUGUAAUGCACCUACAGCAGCAACAGCAGGCGACGCAAGCUAACCAGGAGCAAACGGCCAGAAUGUUUGCUACCAUGCAGGAGAAUCACCAUGCUGAACUGCGUAGAGCACGCGAAAACGACGCGGAGAAAGCGAAAAGUCACAAGUUGGACAAAGCAAAACAAGACGAUCGCGAAGACGUCAAGCGCGCUACGCAAAUGCUGCAACAAGUGACGAAAUUCAACGGUUCGAACAGAGAUUCUUACUCCAAGAGUUUCGAGACAUGGAGGGUGGAUGUCCGUAAGGCUCUCGCUGAGGCUGGUCUGAUUGAGUUCGUAGACAACGGCCCAGAGAAAACGGAAGAGGACACUCCGCCGGAAGAAUUCGAACGCUUGAAGGUAAAAGCGAAGUCCCUCGGUGGUGCUUUGCUAGCUACCCUGGAUGGUGAGGCGCAUCGGUUAGUACGACAGAAAGAUCAGGACGAUCACACGACAGUCCAUCUUAUCAUGUCUACUUUGAUGGCCGAGAAGGAGCAUCCAGGACUAACCGGGAAGAUCACUCGAAUCCAGAGGCUCGUCGGUCGCAAACUCGAACGAGGCCAAGUCAGUAAGCCAACUGAUGACCAACGUUCGCGAGGAAUUGCGAGACAUGCCCGUGAUCGAGCCGCGUGAUCUUGCGGUCGCGACGAUUCUUGUAAACCUAGGACCAAAGUACAAGGACUUGGCUCCGCAUCUGCUAGACCAAAAAGAUUGCAGUCUCACCGCGGUUGAGGCAAGCCUCAAGCAACGAGAAGCUUCUUUAC